UGUGUACAUAGAGACCUUGCAGCCAGAAACGUUCUUCUCGAUGAGAACUAUGUGGCUAAGGUAACAGACUUUGGACUAUCACGAGAUGUGUAUGAGGCAGGGGUGUAUCAAGUCAAUGCACAGAGUAAGAUGCCUUUGAAAUGGAUGGCCGUCGAAUCAUUAGAAUCCAUGGAAUUUACAACACAGAGCGAUGUAUGGUCAUUUGCUGUGCUUAUCUGGGAGAUCGAAACUGCAG